CGGCGCAGAGCGGAGCCGGCGUGGGGAGGGGGGGCCCGGCAGGGCGGGGGCCAGAGCCAGGCCGGGCCGGGGCCGGAAUGCCCCUGUUCUCCGCGCUGUUGGCCUUGCUGUUGGUUGCGCUCUGCGCCCUCUUCUUAGGCCGGUGGUUUGUGGUCCGGUUGGCCACCAAGUGGUGUCAGCGGAAGCUGCAGGCGGAGCUAAAGAUCGGCUCCUUUUUUUGGAUCCAGAAUGUCAGCCUUAAGUUUCAACAGCACCAGCAAACAGUGGAAAUUGAUAGCCUGUGGAUUUCCAGCAAACUCCUUAGCCAUGACCUGCCACGCUAUGUGGCAUUGUGCUUUGGAGAAGUGCGUAUCAGAACGGAUCUACAGAAGGUUUCUGGCCUGUUUGCCCCAUUUUCUCAGAGCACUGGGGUGCAUCAAAAGGAACUGUCCUUUAGUCCAUCCUUACUGAAGAUCUUCUGUCAGCUGUUCUCCAUUCACGUAGAUUCUAUAAACAUCAUGGUUCUCAAGGUGGCUACUUCUGAGUCCUUGUGGCACAUUCAGAUCAGAGAAAGCAGCUUUCUUUUGGACAGUGAUGGGAAAAGGCUGAAAUGUGAGGUGAGCCUAAAUCAGAUCAACAGCAAAGUUCUAAAGAGUGGCCAGUUGGAGGACACUUGCCUAGCGGAGCUCUCACUGGCCCUAAAGUUGUGUCUAGAGGUGGGCAUCAGCAGUCGGCAACUGAAGGUGAUCGCUGUGGAUAUGUGGACACUCCAUGCUGAACUGCAUGAGGGCCUUUUCCAUAGUCAGCUGCUGCGCCAGAGCCCAAGCCUAGCACCCAAACCUGUUCCUUGUUCAGAGGUGACAGAGAACUUGGCUGAGCCAGCUCUGCCUGGCCUGUACCUCCUUCAGCAGCUGCCAGACCAGGUCAAAGUGAAGAUGGAGAUCACAAGUGUGGUGCUGUCCAUGAACAGUCAAAAGAGGCACCUGAAUUGGACACUGAAGCUGCUGCAGUUCCUGUACCACCGUGAUGAGGACCAGCUGCCUCUUCGAAGCUUCACAGCAAACUCUGAUAUGGCACAGAUGAACACUGAACUCGUACUGAAAGAUGGGUUGUUGCUGUCCCAGAGCCGCCAGCGCAUUGUCUGUCUCAACUCCCUCAAGGCCAGUGUGCAGGUGACCACCAUCGACCUCCUAGCCUCCCUGGUUUUGAAUACUUGCAUUAUUCAUUACCGGCACCAGGAAUUCUCUCACUGGCUGCACAUGCUAGCACUGGAGACCCAAGGGUCUAGUUCAUCUGUUCUUACGCAAAGAAAAAAAAGAACCUUCCCCCAGAUCCUGGCUCCCAUUAUCUUUAGCACUUCCAUCUCCAAUGUCAACGUUUCCAUUCAGCUUGGUGAUACACCACCCUUUGCCUUGGGAUUCAAUUCCAUCUCUCUAGAUUACCAGCACCUGAGGCCACAGAGUAUCCAUCAGCGCGGCGUCCUAACUGUGGACCACCUCUGCUGGCGGGUGGGCAGUGACUCUCACAUUCAGCGGGCACCCCACCCACCCAAUAUGCAUGUUUGGGGUGAGGCACUUGUCCUGGACUCCUUCACACUACAGGGUAGCUAUAACCAACCUUUGGGCCUGUCUAGCACCCAGUCAGAUACCCUGUUUCUUGAUUGUACCAUCCGAGGACUGCAGGUAGAAGCAUCAGAUACCUGUGCCCAGUGUCUCUCUCGCAUUUUAUCCUUGAUGGACAUACAGUCUGGGAAGUCCGCUGUCUCUAGAGAGUCUUCAUUUGGGGAAUUUGUGUCACUACUGUGGAAGGUGGACUUGAAGGUGGAGGACAUGAACUUGUUCACCCUUUCUGCCCUGGUUGGUGCUUCCGAGGUCCGACUGGACACGCUGACUAUCCUGGGAAGUGCUGAAACCUCCACUGUGGGUGUCCAGGGACUUGUGCUUGCGCUGGUGAAGUCCGUCACAGAGAAGAUGCAGCCGUGCUGCAAGGCUCCUGACAUCCCCACUCCCGUGCUCAGCCUCUCCAUGCUGUCCAUCACCUACCACAGCAGCAUCCGCUCCCUGGAGGUUCAGUGUGGUGCAGGGCUGACCUUACUUUGGAGCCCCCCAGAUCACAUGUACCUGUACCAGCACGUCCUGGCUACCCUGCAUUGCCGAGACCUACUAAGAGCCACUCUGUUUCCCGAGACUGUUCCACUCCUUGCACUAGAGACUCCAGAGGCUGCGUCUGAGCCAGAAGGUCAUCUCCCUGAGCCAUCUCCUCCAAAGCGGCUCCUAAACCUCACACUAGAGGUGAGCACAGCUAAGCUGACAGCUUUUGUAGCUGAGGACAAGUUCAUUACCCUGGCUGCAGAGAGUGUGUCGCUGAGCAGGCAUGGGGGUUCACUGCAGGCUUACUGCCCAGAGCUGGCUGCCGGCUUUGAUGGCAAUAACAUCUUCAACUUCAAGGAGGUGGAAGUACAGCUGCUACCUGAACUGGAGGAGAUGAUCCUCCACCGGAACCCCUUCCCCGUGCUGCAGACCCUCCGGAACCGUGUUUGGCUCCUGUCCCUGGGAUCAGUCUCAGUGGAGUUUCCUUAUCAGUACGAUUUCUCUCGAACUCUGGAUGAGGCUGUGGGAGUUCAGAAAUGGCUGAAGGGGCUGCAUCGAGGAACGCAUGCUCAGGCUUCUCCAAGCCCUGCCCCACUCCCACCGGAUCUACUCUUGAAGGUUCAGCACUUCUCAUGGGUUUUCCUGGAUGACAUUUUUGAGGUGAAACUUCGUGAUAACUAUGAACUGAUGAAGGAUGAAAGUAAGGAGAGUGCCAAAAGGCUGCAGUUGCUGGAUGCCAAGGUGGCUGCCCUUCGGAAGCAACAUGGGGAGUUACUGCCAGCCCGCAAAAUUGAGGAGCUCUAUGCCUCUUUGGAACAUAAAAACAUUGAAAUCUACAUUCAGCGUUCCCGUCGUCUCUAUGGCAACACACCUAUGCGCCGGGCCCUGCUCACUUGGAGCCUGGCGGGGCUAGAGCUGGUAGCUCUGGCAGAUGUCUCCUUCCAUGGCCCUGAGCGUGUGGUAGAGCAAGUUCAAGAGCUUGAUCCAGGCAGCCCUUUCCCUGCUGAGGGAGUAGAUCUUGUCAUUCAGUGGUGUCGUAUGCUCAAGUGCAGUGUUAAGACAUUUUUGGUUCGGAUAAGAGAUUAUCCCCGAUACCUGUUUGAGAUCCGUGACUGGAGGCUGAUGGGUCGACUUGUGGGCACCGAGCAGAGUGGUCAGCCUUGCUCCCGGCGGCGUCAGAUCUUGCACUUGGGGCUUCCAUGGGGUAAUGUGGCAGUAGAGAGGAACAUGCCCCCACUCAAGUUCUACCACGACUUCCGCUCGGAAAUCUUCCAGUACACAGUGGUAUGGGGCCCGUGCUGGGAUCCAGCCUGGACCCUGAUUAGCCAAUCUGUGGACCUCUUGACCAAGCCUUCAGCUGACCCCAGCCCACCCUUGCCCUGGUGGGACAAGAGCCGUCUACUGUUUCAUGGGGACUGGCACAUGGACAUAGAACAGGCAAAUCUGCACCAGCUGGCUACUGAGGACCCGUACAACACAACUGAAAAUAUGCACUGGGAGUGGAGCCACCUGUCUUUUCAUUGGAAACCUGGUCAGUUUGUGUUCAAGGGUGACUUGGAUGUCAACGUGAGAACAGCUUCUAAGUAUGAUGACUGCUGCUUCCUUCACCUGCCUGACCUCUGCAUGACACUGGACCUGCAGUGGCUGUGCCAUGGGAACCCCCAUGAUCACCAUGGUGUCACUCUGCGGGCUCCAGAGUUCCUGCCUGAGGUGCCCUUGGGCCAGCUCCAUGACUCCUACCGGGCAUUCCGCUCUGAGAACCUCAAUCUCUCCAUCAAGAUGGAUCUGACCCGGCACAGUGGGACGAUAUCCCAGCCCCGGAUUCUGCUAUAUAGUAGUACCCUGCGCUGGAUGCAAAACUUCUGGGCAACUUGGACUAGUGUCACAAGGCCUAUCUGUAGGGGAAAGCUCUUUAAUAACCUGAAACCUAGCAAAAAGAAACUCGGCCAGCACUACAAGCAGCUUUCCUAUACUGCACUCUUUCCCCAGCUACAGGUGCAUUAUUGGGCCUCAUUUGCCCAGCAACGGGGCAUCCAGAUUGAGUGCAGUCAGGGCCAUGUCUUCACUAGGGGAACUCAGCGGCUUAUACCUCAAGCGGGCACAGUGAUGCGGCGUCUCAUCUCUGACUGGAGUGUGACCCAGAUGGUUAGUGACCUAAGUCAGGUGACUGUUCACCUUAUGGCUUCACCCACUGAAGAAAAUGCUGAUCACUGCCUUGAUCCCUUGGUAACAAAGACCCACCUACUGAGCCUGUCCUCUCUCACCUACCAACGGCACAGCAAUCGCACGGCUGAGGAGGAGCUCUCUACCCGAGUUGGGGAUCCUGCCUUUCAUACACACCAGCUGCACUUGGUAGAUUUACGGGCUUCCUGGACAACCACCAAUCGGGACAUUGCCUUUGGUUUAUAUGAUGGCUAUAAAAAGGCAGCUGUACUCAAACGUAAUCUCUCUACGGAGGCCCUGAAGGGGUUAAAGAUUGAUCCCCAGAUGCCAGCUAAAAAGCCAAAGCAGAGUGUUCUGACCAGUGCCCCAGCCCCACCUCCCGUCAGCACUCCCAGCUUUAGUGGACAGCCUGAUAAGGGGUCCUCAGGAGGUGCCUACAUGUUGCAGAAGCUGAUUGAAGAGACAGACAGGUUUGUAGUGUUCACAGAAGAGGAAUCAGGUGUGAGUGAUCAGCUGUGUGGCAUCGCUGCCUGCCAGACGGAUGAUAUAUAUAACCGAAACUGCCUUAUUGAGCUGGUUAAUUGCCAGAUGGUUCUUCGUGGAGCGGAGACAGAAGGCUGUGUCAUUGUGUCAGCUGCCAAAGCUCAGCUGCUGCAGUGCCAACACCAUCCAGCCUGGUAUGGUGACACACUGAAGCAAAAGACAUCCUGGACUUGCCUACUGGAUGGCAUGCAGUACUUUGCCACCACUGAAAGCAGCCCCACUGAGCAGGAUGGCCGACAGCUCUGGUUAGAGGUAAAGAAUAUUGAGGAGCACCGGCAGCGUAGUCUGGACUCUGUGCAGGAGCUGAUGGAGAGCGGGCAGGCAGUGGGAGGCAUGGUUACCACCACCACAGAUUGGAACCAGCCAGCUGAGGCGCAACAAGCCCAGCAAGUCCAACGGAUCAUUUCACGCUGUAGCUGCCGAAUGUACUAUAUUAGUUACAGCCAUGACAUUGAUCCUGAGCUGGCAACUCAGAUUAAGCCACCUGAGGUUCAUGAGAACCAGGAAAAGGAAGAUCUCCUAAAGAAACAGGAAGGAGCUGUGGAUACCUUCACCCUUAUUCAUCAUGAGCUGGAAAUCUCCACCAACCCGGCUCAGUAUGCCAUGAUCUUAGACAUCGUCAACAACCUGCUGCUCCACGUAGAACCUAAGCGGAAGGAGCAUAGUGAGAAGAAGCAGCGAGUCAGGUUCCAGCUUGAGAUCUCUAGCAAUCCUGAGGAACAGCGCAGCAGCAUAUUACACUUGCAGGAGGCCGUGCGGCAGCAUGUGGCCCAAAUACGGCAGCUGGAAAAGCAGAUGUAUUCUAUCAUGAAGUCUUUGCAGGAUGACAGCAAGAAUGAGAACUUGCUUGACCUGAACCAAAAGCUUCAGUUGCAGCUAAACCAGGAGAAAGCCAACCUACAGCUGGAAAGUGAAGAGCUGAAUAUCCUCAUCAGGUGUUUUAAGGAUUUCCAAUUGCAGCAGGCCAAUAAGAUGGAGUUGCGAAAGCAACAAGAAGAUGUGAGUGUGGUUCGUCGCACUGAGUUCUACUUUGCUCAGGCACGAUGGCGUCUGACAGAGGAAGAUGGACAGCUAGGAAUUGCUGAACUGGAGCUGCAGCGGUUCCUCUACAGCAAGGUGAAUAAGUCUGAUGACACAGCAGAACAUCUUCUGGAAUUGGGCUGGUUCACUAUGAACAACCUCCUCCCCAAUGCUGUCUAUAAGGUAGUCCUACGGCCCCAGAGCUCCUGCCAAUCUGGGCGACAGCUAGCCCUCCGCCUUUUCAGCAAAGUCCGGCCCCCUGUUGGGGGUAUUUCUGUUAAGGAACACUUUGAGGUAAAUGUGGUGCCUCUCACCAUCCAGCUGACACACCAGUUCUUCCAUAGAAUAAUGGGCUUUUUCUUUCCUGGCCGAAGCGUAGAAGAUGAUGAGGUUGGUGAUGAAGAAGAUAAGUCCAAACUGGUGACUACUGGAAUACCAGUGGUUAAGCCUCGGCAGCUGAUUGCAACAGAUGAUGCAGCACCACUGGGCCCUGGGAAGGGUGUUGCACAAGGCUUAAAUCGGAGUUCUGGUGUCAGAAGAUCAUUUCGGAAAGUACCUGAGCACCCUGUGGAUGAUAUUGACAAGAUGAAAGAGCGAGCUGCCAUGAACAACUCCUUCAUCUACAUAAAGAUUCCACAGGUUCCUCUGUGUGUCAGCUACAAGGGUGAGAAGAAUAGUGUGGAUUGGGGUGACCUUAACCUUGUGCUGCCCUGUCUGGAGUACCACAACAACACAUGGACAUGGCUAGACUUUGCCAUGGCUGUCAAGAGGGACAGCCGCAAAGCCCUGGUUGCCCAGCAGGGUGGCAACAUCCAGGGUCCCUGGGUCCGAGGCUGGAAGAGCCUCUGGUCAGGUGUGGGAACUACCAGGUCAGGUCUGGAAGAGCUGUGGGGACUACGGGGGCAUCAGUGCCUACACCAGGAGCCCCUGGAGCCGACCCCGUUGCUAAUAGAGAAGCCUCUGUCUGAGUGGCCAGUGCCUCAGUUCGUCAACCUUUUUCUGCCGGAGUUUCCCAUUAGGCCUCUUACAGGGCAUCACCAGCUGAAGAUUUUAGGACUUGUGGCUAAAGGCUCCUUUGGAACAGUCCUCAAGGUGCUAGAUUGUGACCAGAAAGCAGUAUUUGCAGUGAAGGUGGUGUCCAAGGUAAAGGUCCUACAGAGGGACAUCCUGAGGCAGUGCAAAGAGGAGGUUAGCAUCCAGCGACAGAUCAACCAUCCUUUUGUACACGGUUUGGGGGACAGCUGGCAGGGAAAACGACACCUCUUCAUUAUGUGCAGCUACUGCAGUACAGAUCUGUGCUCCCUGUGGUCCUCUGUCGGCUGCUUGACUGAGGCUUCCAUCCGCCUCUUUGCUGCUGAACUGGUUCUGGUGCUGUGCUAUCUCCAUGAUUUGGGCAUCAUCCACCGAGAUGUGAAGAUGGAGAAUAUCCUUCUGGAUGAACGAGGCCAUGUGAAACUGACAGACUUUGGUUUGUCCCGCCACCUGCCCCAGGGAGCCCGAGCCUAUACUAUCUGUGGCACCCUUCAGUACAUGGCCCCAGAGGUCCUGAGUGGAGGGCCUUACAACCAUGCUGCUGACUGGUGGUCCCUGGGUGUCUUGCUUUUCUGUCUGGCAACUGGGAAGUUCCCAGUGGCUGCAGAGAGGGAUCAUGUGGCCAUGUUGGCAAGUGUGACACACUAUGAUUCUGAGGUCCCAGCUUCUCUUAACCAGGGGCUCUCACUCCUGCUCCAUGAGCUCUUAUGCCAGAAUCCCCUCCACCGUCUACGUUAUUUGCAUCACUUCCAGGUCCACCCUUUCUUUCGGGGUGUGGCCUUUGACCCAGAGCUCCUACAGAAGCAGCCAGUGAACUUUGUCAUGGAGACACAAGCUACCCAGCCCAGUCCAUCGGAGUCCAUGCUUUUCAAGAACUUUGACUGUAACCUGGAGUCCUACCUGGUCCAUCCCAGCCUUGCUUGAGCCCCUCUACUGUAGAUUGAGGCCUGAGAACCCAAGGAUCUCCUCCACUGCCAACUCAGUAUGACCACUUUGAUGAUCUAGUUUGUUUUUACUCUGUAGCCUCUUACUAUUCUGUUCUUCUACUUGUUGGACCAGAGUUCAAAUGUUGCGCAUUCUGCUAUUGGCAGCCACAAUUGGCCCUACCCCUCCCUACUCCCUAAUACAACCCACCUCUCAGUUCAACAUCUCAGAUCUGUGUUGACCUUUUCCUUCGCUGCAUUUCUCCAAUGCUCAUACCCUGAAGCUUUCAACCAGAGGCUUAUUCUACUUUUUCCUUUCCUUGUUUCUCUGUCGUAUUUCCUUUCUUGAGAAGUAACACUUCAUGGAGUCUCAAGGUGCUAUUUAUGUGUUUUAUAGGUUUCUCAGAAGUAGUAUGAAUGUUUUUCAAAAGUCUCAAAAGCUGGCAUUUUAACCCCUAAAUAUGUAGCUAAAAUAUAUGAUCUGGGGGCUCAAAGCCAGUCUGUGACAAAUCUAAUGUUUAAAAAUUUCAAAAGUGAAUCUAAUAGCCUAAAUGUGAGGAAUAAGAACUGAAAUAUGGAUGGGUUAAUGUCUUUUCUAGGGCUAAUUGGAACAGCUAUUGAAUUUUUUUUCCAAAACAAAGUCUCCUCGGAAGACACAAGGAUUAUUAAACUGAGUAUUUCCCUAGAUGACCUGGGAUUCAGUUUCUGAUAGGCAAACCAAGGGAUUAAGAGGCAUGACAUCAGCCUUAAGAUCUAAGGUUAGAGAUGUAUUUCAAAAACCUUUUCCUUUUUAUUUUUUAAAUAUAUAUUUUUUAGUGUUUGCUUUUGAGAGAGAGACAGAGCGUGAGCAGGGGAGGGGCAGAGAGAGAGGGAGACAUAGAAUCCGAAGCAGGCUCCAGGCUCUGAGCUGUCAGGACAGAGUCACAUAUGGGGCUCGAACUCACAAACCGUGAGAUCAUGACCUGAGCCAAAGUCGGACACUUAACUGACUGAGCCACCCAGGUGCCCCUCCUUUUUAUUUUUUAAAAAAAUGUUUAUUUUUGAGAGAGAGAGAGAGAGAGAAGGAGAGCAUGCAGGGGUGGGGCAGAGAGAGAAAGAAGAGAGAAAUCCAAGCAGGCUCCACACUGUCCCUGUAGAGCCUGAUGCAGGGCUCAAAGUCACAAACCAGGAGAUCAUGACCUGAGCCGAAAUCAAGAGUUGGAUACUUAACCAACUAUGCCACCCAGGUGCCCUGAACCUUUUUCUUUAGUAAGGAAAGUCAUCUGGACCUUAAAUUUUAUACAUUUCUGGCAUUUAUAACUUGUUUUCAUUUUUCUAAACUUCUCAAAACCUUCAUUUAAAACAAAAUUUUUUUUAAACUGUUUAUUGAAGUAAUCUCUACACCCACUGUGGGGCUCGAACUCAACCCCGAGAUCAAGAGUCACAUGCCUUUCUGACCAAGCCAGCCAGGCACCCCUCAAAGCCUUCAUUUUAUUAUCCUUCAGUUAUAUUUAAUCUCUCUUUACAAACCAAAGAGAGUCUGGAAAGUACUCUGUGUACUUGUGUUUAUUAAUUCUGUCCCUGGAUUAAGCCAGAUUUUCCCUGUAUAGCUGGCAUUUUAUUGGCCUCUGCAGAAUUGCUUUUUCUGGAUUGUACUUUGGCAAUCUGUAGGAAAAUCCCUGUGAAAUUUAAUAGCUGUGGCUAUUGUAAAGGGUGUUUAUCAUUACAAUUCAUAAUGUUCUGUUUAAGGAUGCAUGGGAGAAAUUUCCUCUGAAUUCAGCUGUGCUUUUCCUGAAUUGCUGUUUGAUUUUACCUUAAAGACACUAAAUAUUCAACUGACUGUAAUUUUUUCUUCAUAUCAGUGCUAUGCCACUUAGAGCCUAAUUUGUGGUCCAUUUCCAGCAAGUGUUUAGGACUUCACAUCGUAUAUUUUGUAUGCUAGCCACAUUCUUGGUUCCAUCUUCCUUUCCUAUCUUUAUUUUCCUUAUUUUCAUUUUUCUGUUUUAAUCUUUUUUUCUUACUAUAUUAUCUGCAUCUUUGUAAGCCUUUUUUGGAAUGAGAUUGGGAUAUAAAUGAAUAAAUAAAUGUAACAGUAGCCCUUUUGAUGAUCUAAUUUGUUUUUCUUUAGACAUUUUCUUUUUUUUUUUAGCUUUACUACAUUUUUUUUUUUAAGCUGUAGUGACCAGAACUGCACAUUGGAUAAAAACCCUGAAUACUUGUAAUAGGAAUUAAUGGUUUCUAAAGUAGUUAAGCAUAUUAGACUGGUGCCUGGAUCCACCAAUAACUAUUUUAAGAGUCUUUACACAAGUUAUCUUAACUUCUCUGAAUUGUAGUUUCCUACAUAUAAAAUGAGGGGGGUUAUAAUCACUGAUUCUUAAUUGUAGAGAAUGGGCUUCUGAGUUCUGUGAUGCUUUUUCAAAAAGCAGAUGCUGAUGAUUUUAUGAUACUGUGUGUCCUGGUCCAGAGUUAAUGUUCAGGUCACCCAACAUUAUAUAGCCUCUCUGAUCACAGCAUAUUGGGUUAAGGUCUUUAGGACAUGGUUAACAUGUCACUAGGGUCCCUUUCUUAGGUCACAUCAGAUAGCUUUGAGACCAUAAUCAUGUAAGUGCAGUUUGAAUUAUUUCUUAUCAAGUGCCAUUUUUAACAUACUCUCUUCAAUCAGUGGGGCACUAGAACAGUGAUUCUCAGGGUAGAGUGGAGGGGAUGAUAGAAAAAUCAAAGUUUCAGAAAGUAUAAUUUAAAAAACACUGUCCUCACCCAUAGUUUUGAUAUGCUCAUCCCUGGAAGGUAUUCUUUCCUGCCACCCCUGACCCCCACUUAGAAUCACUGACCUAUGAAUACCUUUUACUUAUUCAUGAUAAAAUUUUUUAUUAAAAUUUUAUUAAAAAAUUUUUUUAAGUUUAGUUAUUUUGAGAGAGAGUACACACAUGCACACCCGUGAGCAGGGGGAAGGGCAGAGAGAAUCCCAUCACAAACUGUGAGAUUAUGACCUGUGCCAAAAUCAAGAGUAGGAUGCUUACUUAACCGACUGAGCCACUCAGGAGUCCCUAAAAAAUAUUUUUAUAUACAACCUGAAAUCAUCUUUUAAAUUUAACCCUAUGCUUUGAUUUUUCAUUACCUACAAGAAAUCAAAUAUACCUAUCAAAGUGGAUAUUUUAUGCUGCACUCCCUUGUAUCUUUUCUAAGAAUGUAAGAUUAGUCUUAACACCAAUCUGUAUAUUCUCCUUCUAGAAAAGUGUCUUUGUAGUUCUACUCAUUGUUUCUUACCUCUAAGUUUCUUUACCAUGUAUUGAUCUGUUUAUUAGUUCGUUCAUUUAACAAACUGGUAAUCACAAUUCCUUAGUUACUUCUUUAAAUUCUUCAAUAUAAAAAUCUUGUCAAAGCUUUUUAAAAAUAAAAUCCUAUUUAAUGCAUUAUUAAUCCCUGUUACGCUGAAUUGUGUCUCCACCAUACCCCCCCUUUUUGCAUUCAUACAUUGAAGUCCUAACCCUCAGUACUUCAGAAUGUGACUGUAUUUGAAAAUAGUCUUUAAAGAUGCAAUUAAGUUAAAAUGAGGUCAUAUGGGUUGGCCCUAAUCCAAUGAUAGGUGUCCUUAUAAAGAAGAAAUUGGCGGGGGGGGGGGGGGGGGGCCGGGGGGGGUCGGUCGGUUAAGCAUCUGACUCUUGGUUUUGGCUCAGGCCAUGAUCUCACAGUUCAUGAGUUCAAGUCCCAUGUUGGGCUCUGUACUGACAGUGCAGAGCCUGUUUGGGAUUCUGUCUCUCUGCCCCUCCCCUGCUCGCGUGUUUUCUCUCUCUCAAACAUAAAUAAACUUCAAAAAAGAGGAAGAAAUUAGGACACAGACAUACAGAGGGAAGACCAUGUGAAGAUACAGGGAGAAGACAGCUAUCUACAAGCCAAUGGGAGAGGCCUCAGAAGAAACCAACUCUACUUGGUCUACCUUGAUCUCGGACUUGUAACCUCCAGAAUUGUGAGAAAAUAAAUUUCUGUUGUUUGA